CCUCCCAGCCUCUGCCUCUCCUCCAGCCGGUUCCACACUGAACCAAGGCUCCCAGAAGAAAAACCCCCUCAGAGCUCUCACUCCUCUACAUCACACACUCCGGAGAGUGUUUCAGCGCCUGGUUUCUCUUUUUCUUUUAUAUAUUUUCUGUCGUUUUUUUUUAUUCUUUUCUUACUUGGCUGGAAGUAAUUGUGUGGAGGAGAAAAAACAAAAACAAGGAGCUCACAUUGGGCGUUAGCUGGAAGAGGAAACAGCGGCUUGAGCUUCGGUCUGAGAGAAUCAAAACACAACCGACCAGCAUCCAGUGUUAGCUAGAAGAGGUUGUUCUCCGUACCUGAGCGUUAACUGCCUUGCCAAGUUCCGAGUUGUCCGAGAUGAAGCCAGACGGGGUCGACUCAGGAGCGACAGAGCCAAUGGUAGCACUAGACGCGGAUCCUGUGAUCCAGGGGGAGCAUCUGGGGGAAGGCCAGGAACCGGCUCCGCCCGCUUCACAGACCGGAGAGACGGAGCAAGGCGAACCACAGACGACCGGGACGCCCAUGGCCACUACCAAAUCUGGCAAGGAUAAGGCCGCAGACCCCAAAGUGAAGGCAAAGGUUGCUGCCAAAACAAAGACGUCCAGCACCGGGGCUCGUCCGGGAACCGUUCAGAGCAGAUUGACGAACGGAGUACAGAAACCAGCGCCUGCCAACGGCCUUGCCAAGAAGACCACAACCGGCGCUGCUGUCGAGAAGAAGGCAACCACCGGAGCUUUAAAGAAGCCUGUAGGUACCACGGGAGCGGCGACCACCAAACCCGCCAGCAAGACCACAGAAAAGAAGCCCACUGGGGCACCAAAGACCACCGGCACAACGCAGCCUGUUAAGAAGACAACUGUCAAUGGGGAUAAAGCCAAACCAAAACCUGCAGCUACAGCUUCUAGACCUGCCACUGCCGUUACCGCCCGGACCAGCACCACUUCCUCUCCGAAAACCGACAAGCCACCUGUCUCAAAGGCAACCAGGCCUUCCACAGGUACCACAACGUCUCGCCCAGCUUCUGCUGCACCAAAGCCAGCUGCCCCAGCUACGUCCAAGACAACGACAACCGCGUCAAAGACCACUCCAUCUGCAGCUAAAACAACCACCACUACUGCAAAACCAUCACCUGCUAAAACUCCCUCUGCUGGUCGAGCUCCAGCCACGUCCACAAAGAGUCCUAUGCCCAUCAAGAAAGAUGCAGGAAAGCCAGCCACCCCAGCUGCCAAGAAGUCAACUGCCUCUCCCCUCACUCGCCCUGCUUCAACAAAGACCAGCAAGCCUGACACCCAGAAGGCAGCCACUCCAUCCAAACCGGAGUCCAAGAAACCUUUGACCCCCAGCAAGCCAGCAGGGGAAGCCAAGACGAGUAAACCCAAGGAGAGCAAACCAACUCCAUCAAAGGAAAUCAAUGCCGCCCAGAAAACGUCUACUGCUAAGAACAGCACGGCCAAAACAGCCAGCCCUAAGAAAGUAGUGGGUAGCAGCACUCCCAUGCCAGUUAAACGUGGCCCCAAAUCUGUUCAAAAAGAGAAAGAGGUCGUAGCUCCUGCUGUUGAGAAUGCUCCUGCAGUUGAAGCUGUGGCUGUUGCUGCUGCUGCUGCUGCUGCUGCUGCUGCUGGUGCCUUUAUUGCAGUGACAGACAAUGAAUCCGAAGUCUGUACUGAACUCCUGCCUGAAAUCAAGCCAGAAGUUGCACCUGAACCCGAACUUCAAGUUGCACCUGAACCCGAACUCCAAGUUGCACCUGAACCCGAACUUCAAGUUGCAACUGAACCUGUACUCCAAGUUUCACCUGAACCUGAACUCGAAGUUUCACCUGAACCUGAACUCCAAGUUUCACCUGAACUCAAACUCGAAGUUUCACCUGAACCCCAACUCGAAGUUUCACCUGAACCCCAACUCGAAGUUUCACCUGAACCCCAACUCGAAGUUUCACCUGAACCCCAACUCGAAGUUUCACCUGAACCCCAACCCAAAGUUUCACCUGAACCCCAACUCGAAGUUUCACCUGAACCCCAAUUAGAAGUUUCACCUGAACCCCAAUUAGAAGUUUCACCUGAACCCCAAUUAGAAGUUUCACCUGUAUCCGAACUCCAAGUUGCACCUGAACUCAAACUUGAACUUUCACCUGAACCCAAACUCAAAGUUUCACCUGAAUCCCAACUCGAAGUUUCACCUGAAUCCCAACUCGAAGUUUCACCUGAACCCCAACUCGAAGUUUCACCUGAACCCCAACUCGAAGUUUCACCUGAACCCGAGCUCGAAGUUUCACCUGAACCCGAGCUCGAAGUUUCACCUGAACCCGAGCUCGAAGUUUCACCUGAACCCCAACUCGAAGUUUCACCUGAACCCCAACUCGAAGUUUCACCUGAACCCGAGCUCCAAGUUUCACCUGAACCCGAGCUCCAAGUUUCACCUGAACCCGAGCUCCAAGUUUCACCUGAACCCGAGCUCCAAGUUGCACCUGAACCCGAUCUCCAUGUUGCAUCUGAACCCGAACUCCAAGUUGCAUCUGAACCUGCUUCACCGUACUCAUUGGAACCUGAAUCUCAACUUGCACCUGAAACCAAGCCCGAACUUGAGCCUGAACCCAAUUCAGACCUUCUUUUGGAAACCGAGUCUGAAUUUACAGCUGAAACUAUGUCUGAACUCCUGAUUGAAACCAGGCCUGCACUUGCACCAGAAGCCAGUUCAGACAUCCUGUUGGAAGGUGAGUCUGAAUUUAUGCCUGAAACCAUGCCUGAACUCCUGCUUGAAACCAAGCCUGCAGUUGUACCCGAACCCACAUCAGAACUCCCAAUAGAAAGCGAAUACCCAUUUGAACACCUGCCUGAAACCAAGUAUGAAUUUGCACCUGAACCCCAAUCACACCUUCCUUUAGAAAUUCAUUCUGAAUUUGCAUCAAAAACUAAGUCUGAAUUUCUGCUUGAAACUGAGUCUGAACUACCCUCUGCCCCUGAACCCAAAUCUGAUUCCCUAUUUAAAACAAAUUUUGAAUUUGCUCCUGAAUCCGAGUCCCAACUCCUGUUUGAACCAGAGUCUAAAACUUCCCCUGAAUCCGAGUCCCAACUCCUGUUUGAACCAGAGUCUGAACCUGCUCGUGAACCUGAGUCCCAAAUCCUGUUUGAACCAAAGCCUGAACCUCUUCCUGAAACCGUCCCAGAACCCACAGUUGAAUCUUUGAUUACUGCUUCAGUUGAGGAAUUUGGAGCAGACUCUGAGGAAAUUCCAUCGGAUUCAGAAGAAGAAACACCUGAAGAGGUGGUGCCACAGCAGGAAGCUCAGCUGAAUCUUGCGAGUUUUGAGCACCAGAGUGCUCCAUCUACCCUUGGAACAACAGUCAUGUCACCACCAUCCUCCCCCACUGUAGAGUCUCCUGUGCAUGAGGAACCCCAGGUCCCUGAUCCACAACAAGAUGUUUCCUAUAAUCCCUGGGAACAGAAUAUGCCCAUGCUCUCAAGUGAUAUUACCACAGAGAAUCUGGAACAAGAAGAGAUCAGGGUUCAAGAGGAUCUUCUGGCCACCAUGGAGUCAGCAGAUGUAGAGAAACCUUUCAAUCUUGACGUAGAGCAUGACCUGUUGCAUAAGACCCAUUUGGAGCAUUUCAGCAGCGUGUCACCGACCUCUCCUAGUGUGGAGAAGGAGGAAGCAGUGGAAAAGGCGGAGGAAGAAAUAAAUGAAGAUGACCAUGAUGAGGAGGAGGAAGAGGAGGAGGAGGAAGAAGUAGAAGUAGAGCAGCAGGAGAGGGAAUUAGUAAAUGUUGAAGCAGUGCCUGAAAUGCAGAAAGUGGACGAUUUUAAUUUUGCAUUACCAGAAUUUAGCAGCUCCAGUGGUGGCGUAGAGCAGUCUGAAGAAUUUGGCAGGAACUUUCAACAGGAGCAAGCAGAAGCACCCUCAUCCUUCCGAAUGGAAAGUAAUCACAGUGAUGAAGAAGAAGAAGAAGAAGACUUCUCUUUAAAAAAGGUGGAAAUGGAACAGCCAUUUAUGGGCCCACCUGGGGUCAAAUCCUUUUCUGAUGAAGAAGAAGAAGAGGAGGAAGAUGAAGAGGAAGGGGAGCAAGAAAAGGAGGACAUGGACACUGGUCCAGAGCAUAUUGAUAAGGGCCAUGUUAUCUUUGACCUUGAGCAAACUGGUGAUCACCACAUGGAUGUUCACCAUAAAUCCGAAGAAGAGGAAGAGCACGAGGAUGAAGAUGUUGAGAUGGUUAGCGAAGGCCAGGCGGAGAGUGAAAGCAAGCAUGCUAGAAAUGUUGAGGAGGAUGACUAUGAAGAAGAUUAUUUAGAAAAUUUGAACCGUACUGCUCCAGCUCCCUCAAUACGCAUGACUGCAGCCUGGGGUCCAUCCAAUCCUUUCGCAGACACUUGGGCUCAGCCAACCUCCAUUAACAUAACCUCCAGUCCUUUAGAUGUUAAAGAUUCCAAUCCUGAGAAUUCCACAAAGUCCCCCGCUGAAACCUGGCUGGAGAAGCCUCUAGGUCAUUUGACCCACUUUGAGGUCCGUGAAGAACCCGAGAGCUCCAUCCCAGUGGAUGGCGCUAACCUGUGCGCACCUGCAAUCGGCAUGUCACAGUCGAGCACCCUUAGCGGAACCGCUUUGGCAGCCCACAGCAGCAGUGAGACUAGUACACCUGAAGAGCUGCGAGACUACGACAGCAGCUCGGGCGUGGAGUCACGCUCAGACAAACAACAGACGCCUGUUCCUACAGUCCAGCCUGACCAGGACCAGGACCUUGGGAUUCACCUGGAGCGUGGGGACGGGGAGGAAGAAGAGGCAGAGACUCUCCCAGCAGAUGAGGUCCUGGGAGAUGCUCCAACUGCGCCUGCCUCAGUUCCGUCAUCCCCUUCAACGUCUGGAGAUGAAGCAAGCGAUACUGAAGGAGAGAUGCAAAUCAAUGAUCCUGAUGCUCCAGCUGAUGACACCCCACCCUUAGACAGUCCCACCGCCUCCCGAAACCUACCUGCCCUCGAGGAAGACGAGGAAGCCGUCGACAUGCAAGCCGGAGAGGAAGAUGGGGGCACCCCGCAGUCUGCCAACUCUGUAGCCUCUUAUGGCUUUGACUGCUCAGUGUCCAACUCAAACGCGCAUUCUACUGCUGAGAGCUGUGGUAAAAGCCCUGGGAUCUUCUCUCUGGAGAACGAAGACCAGCUCCCGGAAGAAGCAAAAGAUCCCUCACUCAUCAAGGAGCUGACCUUGCCCGCCGCAGCAGCUCAAGCCGAGGAUCUACUGGGGUGUCCUGUCGACCUGCUGCCUCUUGGCCAGCAAGGAGAGUCGCAUGCCAACCCAGACGACCAGUACCUGCUGCAUGGCAAGACUGGCGCCAGUGCUGUCGUGGAGUCCGACCCCGAGUCUCCCAUGCAUCUGUCUCCCCAACACGGAGACGGCUCGGAUGCCCAACCACCUUACUACUCUACCAUAUGUGAUAACACUGAUAGCUUUCUGGCAGGUAAUGUAUAAAGUCCCCUGAUGGAAUGCACCUUUUUCCUUGCACCCUUCCUGAAACAGCACCCUCGCUUUCCUUUUUUUUUUGUCGUUUGUUUUCUUACCAGUCCAGGAGAUGGUGUAACGAAACAGGGGGAAAGAAAUCGGACAUAGGGGGAUGGACUGUAGGUUUUAUCAGUGCUGCUUUCUCUUUCUUACUACUAUUAUAGUCAUGGUUAUGAUUGUAUGGCUUAAACUCCUGUAUGUACAAUAGCUAUUCUCAUUUUCUAUUAGAAUGUACUAUUGAAUAACACUGCGUACUACAGCACCCCUGUGCUUGGAUUGAUAGACUGAACUGUCGUGAUGUUCUUUAAUGAAUAAGGGAAAAAAAAAGAAAUGAAAAGAAAAGAAAAAGGAUCACAUUGGACGGACUUUUAUCUAUGUUUGUAUUUAUCCUACUGUUUUUACCGAACAAAUGUUUUGUUGUUGGUUUUUUUUCUACGUGUUUUAUUGUUUUUUUGUUUUGUUUUUUUUAAGUUCCCAGUCUUCCCUUGCACUGUAGACAUACCCUGACAUUUUUUUUUUUAAACUUGUUCCUGUGUCAAGAACUAACCGUUUUAGCACUAACUAAGGAUAGAUCUUCUUCCAGAGGCUUCGCACUUUGGAGUUUUUUUCAAUGUAGGGAAUUGUUAGAUGGCAGGCAAUGUUGUUUUGUUUGUUUGUUUGUUUUUUCCUAGUUAAAAAAAUUUUUCCAGCACAUUUUUGUGAAGGAUAAACUUAUCACGAGAAGUCACAUACCACAGCUUUUUCUUUUUUUACAUACUCAGCAGUGAUCCAGUUGUGUCGAUUUGCAGUAGUUGCUUCAGCGCAAAUAUUCAGUGUGGCGGGAACUCGCGUUUAAAAAAAGGAAAAAAAAGAAAGAAAAAAAUGACACUCGGAUGAAUGCGCAUGAGAAUGCGAAUGAGUGUUGGACAUACGGAUUGGGGAAUUGCAUGUACAACUAAUUGCGUUACUGUAAUACUGUUCAAGACCUAUUAUGCCAGGAUGAUCGGGAAAAAAUAAAAAUAAUAAUAAUGGUUCACACUAAUGAAAAGGUUUUUCGAAAUUCCAUUAAACAUCAUUUCAAGGCCA